CUCUUCGUCCUUCUCUUAUGGCAUCUAGUCGUGGAAAAUCAUUCUUACAAGAAGAAGAUCAAAUUUUAUGCGCUACAUGGCUUGAAAUAUCUCAGGAUCCAGUUUUAGGUUCCAAUCAAAAGAAAGACAAGCUAUAG